GCUAUAUUGUUAGUAUUGUAAUAUAUUGCUAUAUCACCAUAUUAAUAUCAUGAUAUAUGGCGUGAUAUAAUAUCGCAAGAUGUAAUAUGGUAACAAUAUCAUAUACCUUAAUUCUGACAAUAUAUCAUGAUAUCAUAUUAUUCCCUACACUGUCUCUAGGUCUGUUCUAUCUCCACGGCGGAUCUACAAACGCGUUGCUCUCCCUACAUAAUCAUGAAGGCUCUUCUCAUCUCAGCGCUUCUCGCAGCAACCGCCGCUACGGCUUUGCCACAGGGGCUUGGUCAAAUCACCCGCAUAGUGAUCACCGAUGCCCAACCUACAGCCAUCGCAGUGCCACGCAUUGCAGUGGCUCAGCAUCUUGGGCCAGUCAGCCGAUCGGUGAUCUACGAUCCUCAGCCUACUCGUACCUCAGUGCCGCGAAAUGAUGUUCCGGAUAUCGCAAAACGCCAGUCCAUCGGCGGUAUAUGCUCCAGCAACGGCUCGUGUGCGCCGGGAUUCUCAUGCACUUCCCUUGGUGGCGAUUACACGCUGUGCCUCCCUGAUAUCCUACUGCCAUCAGUGGUGCCAAUAACGGCAUCACGUACGGACGCUGGGGAUACUCCGGUCAGCUCUGGAGGCGCCAUUCAGCCAACCAAUGUUGAUUGCCGGCCGCAAGUAGGUAUGUCGAGAUUAUGGAAAGCAAUCACUUCGGAAGGGGAGUUAUUACUGGGUGGUUUGUAGUCGUCGAAGUGGACAAUAUGGUCACAGUGGUGGUGACAUGGAUGGAAAAAUCGACUGUUUGAUGCGUUCACGAAAAAACAUUAUGUACUUCUUCUGCUGGUGGAAUUUAAGGACUUG